AUGCUACGGAAACCUUCAAUUUUCGUUGAUAGCCAAUGUGAUACAUCUGCUCCAUUGAUACGGUCUAUUGAAGAUCACGAUGUAGAUCCGAGGAAUUUUCAAAUACGAUGGGGCUCAAUAUCUUCAACACAGCCUGUUCUUUCAGGUCCGGAACAAAUUCGCGUAUAUCACGAAUGGAUUGAUGCUGGGAAGCCUCAUAAUAUAGUGUGUUGGGAGUGUCGUCUACCUGAUAGUCUGAUUGGUUGCCAGACGUGCUGUAGAUCCUAUCAUACAGCAUGUCUAUUGGACGUGGUCCGAUCUGCAAAUAACUUCCAUUGUCCAUCUUGCCGGGCAAGAGCUUGGGAUCAUGCACCGCCCCAGUUCCCUGUGCCAUCACCAGCCCCAAGUACUGGUGGCACAACCCCAAAAGGCUAUCCAGACCCGUCAUUUGGAAAUCUUCCAAUCCAUGGCGAUAGAGCAUCAACAGUAUCACGGAGUAAAUCCUCACUGGCCCCGCGGAUGAUGCCUCCCUCUAAUUUGAACCGGAUUGAUGAAGUCGAUGCUCGCGGCACGCCAGCUGAGUUAUUUCCCGUUGCUGAGAUGUACCCUCAGCUUCUGGAAUAUCUAGCGAUGCCGGAUGUCGAAACGGAUCAUCAUGCCCAAUCGUCACAGUUCAAGCAUCAACUGGGAAUGGCAAUGAAAGAGAUUGAAACAAAUCGGGCAUCAAUGCGAGAAAAAGCAAGUAUCCGAGAGGACUAUUCGAAGUUACAACGCGAAAACGCACAAAUGAAAGCGUACCUUGAUUCCAGGGCCUCAGCACCAGAUUCUGGUGCUCCUAGCCCUUCAACGGUUUCACACACCAUCAUCUCAAAACCAGCGUCUGAGCAAAGGGGGAAGGCUUGGGACAGCAUUGCCAUUGACCUGUUUUGA